GCCUUCUACGCUUUCGACCGUUCCAAGGUGGUGUCCUUACAUCCCAGCAUUGAUGGCCACUGGAGCGGGCUGGAAUGGAGAAGUGCCACGCUUCACCGAUCUAUCAGGUCUUCCCGAGCCCAUGGAGCCACGAAAGUUUGACUCGGUGCAGCAGAAUCGUGCCAAAGUGGGGACAGUGCUGAAGAAGCAGUCUCGCUUCUUUCCUACUCUGACCACGUCUGUCUCCAGUCCGAUUGUCAGGCUUCCGCCCACAAGUUGCAAGCUUUAUCGCACAGAAGAGGCUGUAACAUACCCUCCUGUACCUGAAACAUGGACCAAUCCUGACAACAGGCCAUCUCCAUCAUGCCCUGCUCGGAACGUCAACACGGAGUCGAGCCUCGACACCGAGUCUGUACAGCCCGAGAAGAGCGUCGAACACGUGCUGGAGCAGUCAGCCUCUGGAAUUGCAUCUGCCGCCAACUUGUGGCGAAUCCUGAGCGAAGAUGGCAUCCUUACCGCAGAGCGAAUCAAAGAUGAUGAGUGCAGGGCUGAUAACCUCAGAUCAACCUGGGAGAGCUCGGAAGACUCGGGCGGCGUGCCCAUCUACGAGGCCACCGCACAGCCGAGCAUGCCAGAGCUUGAUAGCAAGGAGAUCCCAUACGUCCACCUCAAUAGUCUCACUGGCCACGCGAACGAGACUGGUGGAUACCACAGUGUUGCGGAUCACGACACAGUCGAAUCCGUGCUGUACCCUGCAGUAUUCUUUGCCACGCCACGAUCGAUCACGCCUAGCUACGAGUUGACUGCCACUGCCCCAAGAUACACUCCGUCCUCGCCAUCGUUGCAUAUGCUGGAAGCUGGUUCCCUCUGUACACUCGACCAAGCCAUCAUCAAGGCUCGACCUGAGAUUAGCGAUGAAAUGAAGAAGUCUGUCGACCACUUCAGCAGUGAACAGGAUCUGUUCAGACCAGAGCAGGUCCAACUACCCAUCAGCCGUCCUCGUACUCCUUGUGGUCUGGACGCGUUCCUGGCAAUGGGUCAUGUGGAGAAUUGUUGGUGCCGCGACUGCAACGAAACUCCUGAGAUGAUCCAGAAAGACGAAAUUCAUGACGAUGAUGAUGACUGGCUGGAUUGGUCGACCUUGGGGGACGAGAUUGAUAAUGUCUCUACGAAUACUGUACCUCAGACCGCGACUGUCAGCGAUGUCUCUGAGGAAGAAGAGCACAAAUCUUCUUGCUUUCCCGGUGCCAGUACUCCCGAGUGGGACGAGCUGUAUCCUUGCACAUCGGGUCAGGAAGAGUCACAGCAGGAGUUUGAGGAUGAGUUUCUCGGGUACUAUGACGAUGGAGCUGCAUUCGCUCGUGUCAGUGAUUGUAAUUGGACGUGGACUGAUUGUUGAAGACUUUGUGGUUUGAAGAAAGAACUGCGUGCGAGCAACGAGGGGUGGUUUCUUCUGUCAGAACGCAGUACAUGUAUGCGUGAGGCCAUGAUGGCGUAAUGUGCGGCGAAAGAGGUUCCUUGGUGGUGGCGACUACAGUGGUUGUGUGUUCUUCCCCGUCGCGCUCUGUUGAUGCACUCUUCGGUAGAUUGAAUUUCAUUGGCUACGGUCUGUUUGUCCAAUUGCUUGCUGUAUUGG